UGCCCGAACCACCAAAGAGGCGCGGGUUCGCUCUGAGCCCACCGCAUUCACGCGUGUGUGCACGCGCGGGUGUAUUGCGCGUGUGCGCGCGCACGCGGGUGUGUGGCGGGGGCGGGCUCUGCGCCCGGGGGCAGGGCUCCGCCGUGAGAGUGGCAGCCGGACUUGCCGGCUGCGAGGGGCAGGGCGCCGCAGUGCCGUAGUAGCGGGCCGCCGAGACGCACCGCUCCGGAGCCGCGGGUACCUGGGCGGGCAGAGACCCCAGCGCCGCCUAACCCCAACCGGGCCGCCGGAGCUCCUGCGGCGCCCACCCGAGCUCCAUCCCCCUCCCCGAGAAGGCUGCGCGGGCGGGCAGACGCCCAGACGCCAGCCUCGGUCCCCUUUCAGUCUCUCGGUUCCUCUUUCCUCCCAAGUAAGGGAAUAAGCCCCGAGGAAGGAGCGCGCCGGAGAACCGCGCAACCAAGUGUUGCUUGCAGAGCAUGUCUUGGUGUGGUCCUCUUUGGGUUGAUCUGUUUGGGAUUCUGUGCUGCCUGGACUUGGAUAUCUGUUUGCCUUUCAAGGAAGAGCAAGGAUUUCUGAAUAUACCUUGACUACAGAUAGAAGGAUAUUGUUGCCUGAGGAAUAGCAGAGGUCUUCUCUCAUCUGCUCAACGAUAACCUGCUGCUGCCAUAGACGCCUGGGUCCUCGAGAAAUUUCCUGAAGGGCUUGUCUGUUGCGUACCUGCAAUGAGCCAGGCCCUAAGCUGGGCCACGGCUACAGCCUGGUGAACAAAACUCUCUCCCAAGCCUCAAGCCCUCACACCCAGGGAAGAUGAGUGAAGAUCGGUGGGUGUCCCUCACUCCAGAAGAAUUUGGCCAACUCCAGAAAUAUGCGGAAUAUUCUUCCAAGAAGAUAAAGUAUGUCUUGGCUGAAUUUAAUGAGGGUGGGAGCCUCAAACAAUAUGGCCCACAUGAGCCAAUCAGCUAUGAUGUCUUCAAGCUGUUCAUGAAGGCAUACCUGGAGGUGGACCUUCCUCAGCCACUGAGCACACACCUCUUCCUGGCCUUCAGCCAGAAGCCUCGACAGAAGACCCCUGAGCACCCAAAGGAGGGAGCCAGCAACAGCGAGGCCAGUGGCGCAGAUUCCGACAUACAGAAUACAGAUAAUGCUGCCAAAGCAGAUGAGGCUUGUGCCCCUGAUACGGAAACAAAGAUCACUGAGAAGCAAGUGCCUGCUAAGAACCAAGCAGCUGCGACCCCUGUGGGGAACCUUGUUGCUCCGUCUUCAGGCUCAGAAACCCCCAUAGUCUACCUGAAGGAUGUCGUGUGUUACCUGUCCCUACUGGAGUCGGGGAGACCUCAGGAUAAGCUAGAGUUCAUGUUUCGUCUCUAUGAUUCGGAUGAGAACGGUCUCCUGGACCAAGCGGAGAUGGAUCGUAUUGUCAGCCAGAUGCUGCACAUUGCCCAGUAUCUCGAGUGGGAUCCCACGGAGCUAAGGCCUAUACUGAAGGAGAUGUUACAAGGCAUGGACUACGACCAGGACGGCUUUGUGUCUCUUGAGGAGUGGGUCCACGGAGGGAUGACCACCAUCCCAUUGCUGGUCCUCCUGGGCAUGGACGACUCUGGCUCCAAGGGGGAUGGAAAGCACGCCUGGACCCUGAAGCACUUCAAGAAGCCAACCUACUGCAACUUCUGCCACGUCAUGCUCAUGGGUGUUCGAAAGCAAGGCCUCUGCUGCAUUUACUGUAAAUACACUGUCCACGAACGCUGUGUAUCCAAAAACAUUCCUGCGUGUAUCAAAACGAACUCCAAAACCAAAAGGGGUGGCGAGGUGAUGCAGCACGCAUGGGUGGAAGGGAACUCCUCCGUCAAGUGUGACCGGUGCCACAAAAGUAUCAAGUGCUACCAGAGUGUCACCGCGCGGCACUGCGUGUGGUGCCGGAUGACGUUUCACCGCAAGUGUGAAUUGUCAACACUGUGCGAUGGUGGAGAGCUCAGGGACCAUAUUUUGCUGCCCACAUCGAUAUGCCCCAUUACCCGGGACAGGCCAGAUGGGAAGUCUGAUGGUAGCGUGUCAGCCAAGGGUGAACUUGUCAUGCAGUAUAAGAUCAUCCCCAUUCCGGGUACCCACCCCCUGCUGGUCUUGGUGAACCCCAAGAGUGGAGGGAGACAAGGAGAAAGAAUUCUUCGGAAAUUCCACUAUCUGCUCAACCCCAAACAAGUUUUCAACCUGGACAAUGGGGGGCCUACUCCAGGACUUAACUUUUUCCAUGAUACUCCAGACUUCCGUGUUUUGGCCUGCGGAGGUGAUGGGACAGUUGGCUGGAUUUUGGAUUGCAUUGAUAAGGCCAACUUUGCAAAGCAUCCACCUGUGGCUGUCCUGCCUCUUGGUACAGGAAAUGACCUGGCCCGCUGUCUCCGCUGGGGAGGAGGUUAUGAAGGGGGCAGCCUCACAAAAAUCCUGAAGGACAUCGAGCAGAGCCCCUUGGUGAUGCUGGACCGCUGGCAUCUGGAAGUCAUCCCCAGAGAGGAGGUGGAGAAUGGAGACCAGGUCCCGUACAACAUCAUGAACAACUAUUUCUCCAUCGGUGUGGAUGCUUCCAUUGCACACAGGUUCCACGUGAUGAGAGAGAAACACCCUGAAAAAUUCAACAGCAGGAUGAAGAACAAGCUGUGGUACUUUGAAUUUGGCACCUCGGAGACCUUUGCGGCCACCUGCAAGAAACUCCAUGACCACAUAGAGUUGGAGUGUGACGGGGUUGGGGUGGACCUGAGCAGCAUCUUCCUCGAAGGCAUUGCUAUUCUCAACAUUCCCAGCAUGUAUGGUGGCACCAAUCUCUGGGGAGAAACCAAGAAGAACCGGGCUGUGAUCCGGGAAAGCAGGAAGGUCAUCACUGACCCCAAGGAACUGAAAUUCUGUGUUCAAGACCUCAGUGACCAGCUUCUUGAAGUGGUGGGGCUAGAGGGAGCCAUGGAAAUGGGGCAGAUCUACACUGGCCUGAAGAGUGCAGGCAGGAGGCUAGCCCAGUGCUCCUCUGUCUCCAUCAGGACAAACAAGCUGCUGCCAAUGCAAGUGGAUGGAGAGCCCUGGAUGCAGCCACCAUGCUCGAUUAAAAUUACUCACAAGAACCAAGCGCCUAUGAUGAUGGGGCCCCCUCAGAAGAGCAGCUUCUUUUCACUGAGGAGGAAAAACCGUUCAAAGGACUAGACACUGUGCCCAACGCCAGUUCAACCAAGAGAGAAGACAAGAAACUGAAACACACGCACACACCCACAUGCACACACACAAACACCAUACUCUUCUCCAACCAACGGAAGCCAAGCCACCCUUCAGGAAGAAAGCUUCAUCCAUUCUGUUUCAACCAUGGAUGCAUCCCCACAGAGCCAGUGCCGGCAGGACAUUUUGAACGGACUUGGGAUUCUCCAGGGUGUGGCUGGCUCGCGAAGCAACCUUCACUUUCCCAGAAGGCCUUGAGUGGGACUUUCUGAGACUGAAGGAGAAACCCCCCUUUUUUCCACCAGCCCUGCAAGUUUCCUCCCGGCCACUUGCAAGGAGCAGGCUGCAGGUUUCCUGCCUAUGCUGAGGUCGGAUGUGGCCAAGAAAAAGAGCCUGUGUUCCAGAAAACUCGCACAAAGAUCCCUCUGUGCGGAGACAGGACGGCCUCGGACUCUCAGAGCGCAGCCCUUGGCAGGGCUUGGCACCCGCACGCCGGUCUCUCAGUUGUCCUCCAAGCUUCUCCCUGAACUAGCUGAGGAGGCAGAAAGGCUGUGGAAAGCUGUGUUUCCCUUCUUGGUUCUGCACGUUGUCAGUGGGCACUAGUGGUUCUCCUGAAGCCUUCUGGUGGCUGUGUGCUUGUUUAGAGCCGGCUCCAAGAGCCCCCAGAGCUGCGUGCACAGCACACCUUAGAUGUGGUAUUUAUUUUCUUAGUUCUGUGAACACCUGGGAGGGAAAGCAGAGAAACUGGGAUUUAUUUUUUAAAUCGGUGUCAUAAUAUUGUGUAAAAAGGGAAGAGGGGGAAAAAAAAAAAAAAACACACCCCCAGCUUCUUUCUUUUUCAAGCCAAAGCGUGUUUCCUGUUUGAGUUCCAAGGCCUGGUGGCAGACUAUUCCUGAAGGCAAAGAAGAUGGGAGGGAAGGGCCUUUUGCUGAGGAGACCAGGAGACAAGCCUUCAGGCGGUUCCCUCCUGCCUCUUUGUACUUGCCACUCCCAAAGCACGACCUGAAGACCUUUCUGCAGGUCUUCGGUGUGUGUACAUAUAUGUAAUAUAUAUAUAUAUUUAUAUAUAUAUAUAAAUAUUUAUUUACUGAUGGAUUUUUCCUAAUUGAAAAAAAAUAUGCAGUAUAAGAAUUGAAAGUGGGAAAGAAAAAGAAAUGCUUGUUUCUGCCAUUUCAUUGUCAAGACACAUUUCUCCCUGGUGAUCAUAGGAUUCAUGGGGAAUUGAAGUAUCUCCUUAUAAAGAGACUGAGAAUUUCUCUUCUCAAAACAACUAUGAAAGCUAUGAGGGGCAGGAUUUACUUUCUCAUUUGUCAAAUAAGGAAACUGAGUCCUAGAAAAGUUAAGAGACUUGUCCAUGGUAUCUUGGCUAAAGUGGUUUGGGACUCUGUGCCACUAAAAAGAUACUUAGUAGAGAAAAGAACCUACACAUCUUGGAAUGACAUCAGGGUCAUUUCUGGUCCCUGAGAAGUGAUUCCAUGUAGAUCCAGGUUGCCAGGGAGGAAUGAACAUGUGGUACACAUGUGGACGGGACAAGCCCAUGUGAGAAAAUAAGGGCCUCCCCCAUGCUUGCUGGAGACUCUCUCAGGUCUGAGCUGGUCAGUGUGUGCAUGUGUGCUCGGUCGUGUCAGACUCUUUGUGACCCCGUGGACUAUAGCCCACCAGGGUCCUCUGUCCAUGGGAUUUUCCAGGCAAGAAUUCUGGAGCGGGUUGCCAUGCCCUCCUCUAGGGGAUCUUCGUGACCCAGGGAUCAAACCCGCAUCUCCCGCAUCUCCUGCAUUGGCAGGCAGAUUCUUUACUGCUGAGCCCCUGGGGAAGCCCUAACCUGGUCAGUAGACAGGUUAAACUCUCCACGUGUCACGUCAUCAUAGUCUCUUAAAUCUGGAAACACUUCUGGCUGCAGGAAUGACCUCAGCAGAGAGGCACAAGGAGGACAAAGGCACCUUCAGCAAGGAACUGCCAGCCAGUGACCAGAAGGGUCUCAGCAGAGCUCAGUGGGCUUCAUUCCACUGGCACCAGCAUCACCGCCUUCCCCAAGGGCAAGCCUGUGGAGAGCUUCGUUGGUAGAAAGAAACGCCCUAUCCCCUCUGAGAUUCUGAAAAGCAAACCUGUACCCACUUGGCAUCACCCCACUAAACUCCCUCUCAUCUCCGCGCACUGGGUCAGGAACUUUGUGCAAAGAAGGGAAAGUUAAGAGUGUAUGUAUAAACUGUUCAUAACUCUGAAGGAAGCAGUCAUCUAGGACCGCCUCAGAUAAGAGAUCUAGAACCAUCCUGUUCAACCUAACAGCACGGAACACCAGAUGAAGGGAAACCCCUGGAGAAUGUCCUGAAUGAUGGGCUCCUUGGGAUGGGACCAACAAGCUCCAGAAUGACAGCAGGUACUCUCUUGGAAGCCACUUGCUUCUGAAAUGAAGGCAGGUUCAGUUUGGAGGUCACUGAUUGUAAGACAUUUAUAGAAGUUAUUGCAUGUGCUUCAGCCCCAACCCCCCAAGAUUGAGGCUGUUGACAUACUGCACUGUUGCCAACAGAUGAGACUGAUCCUCAGAGAUUCACCCACCAGAGACUGGCCCCUGCCUGCCCACUCGGGUGCACAGGACUGGCAAUGUUGCUUGAGAGACAUGUCCCAUGUCCUCCUCCUUAAAACCACAGAGUAUAACAAACGUUGGUGGAAUUGUACUUUCAAUUUUGUAACCUGAGUCUAGUGAUGUUGUUUAAUCUGACUUUGCAACUCAUCUUUUAACUAGUGGGACUGUAGUUUCCAACUGUGGAGUACCUCAUCAUAGUGCUCCUCACAGCAACCCCUGAGGUUGACGGAGAAGGUAUUAUUAACCCCAUCUAAAUAAUGAGGAAAACAAGGCUUAAUAUAACAGUGACUUCUCAAAAUUAGGCAGUCGGGAAAAUCCUCCCUUAUUCCUCAUCUUAUCUGAUUCUGACCAUGCACAGACAUGUUCUCACCUGCCCCCACACACUUCUACCCCUCUGGCAAUAAAAAUGAAACAGGAAAUCUUCAAUACA